AGAUGCAGUCAAAAGAGAUAUUGUGUUCCUGCUGGAUGGUUCUGAUAACACCAAAAACGGAUUUCCAGACAUAAAGCACUUUGUUAAAAGCAUAGUGCAGCGCCUCAAUGUUGACGAGAGCCUUGACAGAGUGUCUGUGGUUCAGUUUGCUGAUAGCUCCAAGGUCAGCUUUCAUCUAAAUUCCCACAAGACCAAAAACGACACCUUGAAUGCCAUUGAUAACUUAGCACACAGAGGUGGGAGGCGACUUAAUGUUGCUGCAGCUCUCCAGUUUGUGAGGCACAGGGUGUUCACUUCCUCCACAGGGAGCAGACGACUAGAAGGAGUGCCUCAGGUCCUAGUCAUUUUAACUAGCCAAUCAUCUGCAGACAGUGUGAAAGGACCAGCCUUGGCUCUUAAGGAACAUGAAAUUGUGGCAGUUGGUGUUGGAGUGGGAGACAUUAACCUUGCAGAGUUGGAAAUGAUUGCAUUUGAACCUGGCUUCAUAUACAGAGUCUCUGAUUUCUCCAAGUUAAACUUAAUCGAAAAACAAGUUCUUGCUGCACUGAACAUGAACAAAGACAACCAAGAGACCAAGAAUGGAAUCUCUGAUUUAGUAGUUGAUCUAGAUUCUCCUGAAAGGGACAUUUUGUUCCUGUUGGAUGGAUCAGAUGAGACUCUGACUGACUUCCAGGCAAUGAAAACCUUUGUCCAACAAGUAGUAGAAACACUGAAUGUUGGUGAAAAUAAAGAUCGUGUUUCUUUGGUUCAGUAUAGCCAAGAUCAGCGAACUGAUUUCAGUUUUAACAGCCACCUGGAUAAAGAAGCUGUUCUUAAUGCAGUUCAGCAACUGAACCAUAAAGGGGGCAACCUGCGAAACACUGGCGCAGCUCUCCGCCAUGCGAGGAGAAGCUCUUUUACAGAGGCCUCAGGCAGCCGGCGUAGGGAGGGUGUCCCUCAGAUACUGGUCCUGUUGACAGGAGGAAGAUCUGGAGAUGAUGUGUCAAAGGCAGCUGUUGAUCUAAAAAAGGACAAAGUUGUUCCAUUUUGUGUCGGAACAAGAACUGCUGACCUUUUAGAGCUUCAAAUGAUUGCAUAUAACCCGUCCUACGCCUUCUCCGUUCCUACGUUUCAUGACACUGGAAGCAUUCAUCAGCAGCUUGUGUCAUUGGUUAAAAGGGUGCCACGGCAACAACUGAGAGAAAAAGCACAGAGUUCUAUAGAUCCCAGCAGCAAAGACGUGGUUUUUCUGAUCGAUGGUUCUGAAGCUUCUCAGCCGAGGUUCUCUGACAUUCUAGAGUUUGUAGAAGCAAUAGUGACAGACUUAAGCAUCGGGAACAACAGGCACCGCGUGGCUGUGGUCCAGUACAGCGACACGGCACAGACUAACUUCAACCUGAACCGCUACGGGACUAAGCACGACGUUCUUCAAGCGAUUAACAGUCUCACUCACAAGGGAGGUCAACCUAUAAACAUUGGAUCGGCUCUCCAGUAUGUGAGAGACCAUGCAUUUACUCCAGAGGCUGGAAGUAGGAUCCGACAGGGAGCGCCACAGAUACUGAUCCUGCUGAGUGGCGGAAGGUCUGCCGAUGAUGUAAGAAACUCAGUGAGAGAACUGAAGGAAAUGGGUGUUACCAUAGUCGCCAUUGGAAGCAGUGAUGCAGACACCCUGGAGCUACAGACCAUAUCCCAUGAACCUAGAUACGCACUCUCUGUGGCCGACUACGGAGAGCUGCCCGCUGUCAAGCAGAAUGUGUUGUCUUUGCUGAGAGAGACGUCGCAUCAUGCUUUGCAUUCUAUAGAGCUUGAUUCAAAGAAAAGUGACAUAGUUUUUCUGAUCGAUGGAUCAUAUGACUCCAGAAACGGAUUUGAAGGAAUCCGAGCUUUUAUUCAAAGGAUUGUUGAAAAUGUAAAUGUGAGUCAUAAUGGAGACCAGGUAGCUGUUGUUCAAUACAGCCGUGAUGCAACAGCUAAUUUCUACCUGAACUCCUAUUCAUCCCAGUAUGAUGUGCUGAGUUCCAUAAGAACGAUGAGGCAUAAGCUGGGACGCCCUCUUAACAUCGGCAAAGCCCUGGAGUUCGUCAGGGAUCAUGUUUUUGAUGCUUCAGUUGGAGGCAGAGGAGCUGAUUUGGCUUCUCAGUAUCUGUAUUUAUUUAGUGGUGGAAGGUCUGGAGAUGAUGUAAGAGGAGCGGCGCAGACGCUAAAGGCCAAAGGGAUAAAGACUUUGAGUAUUGGAACAAAGAACGCCGACACAUUAGAAAUGCAAACCGUCUCUUACACACCUGGACAUUAUUUUAAUGUUCCCAACUUUAGCAACCUGCAGAGCAUUUAUGCAUCCGUGGAAAACAAAUUCAGAGACUCACAAACAGCCACUGAGAUCCUGACUGACACGUCUACAGCUGUAGAGGAACUACAGACGGCAGAUAUCGUCUUCCUGCUUGAUGGAUCUAAUUACAUGAAACCCAAUGAAAGACUCGUUUUAGAGUUUGUCUUAGACUUUGUCAAGAAAAUAGAGAUUGGGCCAAAUAACGUGCAGGUUGCUUUGGUCCAGUACAGCGCAGAGCCUGCUGCUGAAUUUACUUUGAACAGAUACUCACGGAAGGAAGAAGCCUUGAAUCAUUUGAGAAAUGUGAAGCUGAUGGGAGGGGGCUCAGUCAACACAGGCAGAGCCAUUGAUUUUGUGAGAAACACGGUUUUGGUGGCUUCAGCUGGAAGCCGGCUCCAGCAGGGGGUCCCACAGGUUCUGAUUUCUGUAAGUGGGAGCAAGUCGGAGGAUGAUGCCUUAGGGCCGGCGGGGAGGUUAAAGAAUGCUGGAGUUUCUCUGUUUGCUGUUGGAGUGAACACAGCAGAUAGGAGCGAGAUGGAGCAGCUAGCUCCAGGGGCCCGGUACUUUCUGAAGGAUGUAUCUGACUUCCUGCCAGUCAGACAACAGGUGCUGUCAGUCACUACCGCUACCAGAGGCUCUGUAAACCCAAGUGUUGGUAAGUGAACAUUUCUUUCAUUGAAAUAAUUACAGAACUAUAUUAACGUAGUUGUCCAGCAGUACUAAUCAAAAACAUUCAACUAUUUACGUUCCUAGGAUUAACUUCUACUAAGAGAGAUAUUGUCUUCCUGAUUGAUGGCUCUGAUGAUGUAAGGAGUCAGUUCAUCUCUAUACGUAAAUUCAUU